AACAGCCAGGGGGCGGCGGAUGGCUGUGCGGGGCCCAGCGGGCUUGGGGUCCAGCACCAGCGGGCUGUUGGACGAGACGGUGGCUGCGGCCGACGGGCGCGAGGCGUCAGCCCUUGUGGCGGCGGGAGCCGCUCUGGAGGACGAUGAAGAGGACGAUGGCCGCGGCCGGGGCCUGCUGCGCUGGGACGGUUUCUCAGCCUGGCUGCAUUGCGUGUGUGUGGUGGGCUUCGACCUGGAGCUGGGCCAGGCCGUGGAGGUAAUUUAUCCUCAACAUUCCAAACUCACUGAUAAAGAAAAAACCAAUAUUUGCUAUUUGUCUUUUCCAGAUUCAAAUUCAGGUUGUCUUGGAGAUACCCAGUUCUGUUUUAGAUUUCGGCAGUCUUCAGGACGGAGGGUGUCCCUGCAUUGUCUCCUGGAUCAAUUUGACAAAGAUUUGCCAGUUUACUUAAAGAAAGAUCCUGCUUAUUUUUAUGGAUAUGUGUAUUUCCGACAAGUGCGAGAUAAAACCCUAAAAAGAGGCUACUUUCAGAAGUCCUUGGUUUUGAUCAGCAAACUACCAUAUAUUCAUUUUUUUCACACUGUGCUGAAACAGAUAGCACCUGAGUACUUUGAAAAGAAUGAACCUUAUUUAGAAGCAGCUUGUAAUGAUGUUGAUCGAUGGCCUGCUCCAGUGCCAGGGAAAACCUUAUACUUGCCUAUCAUGGGAGUGGUAAUGAAGGUACGAAUUCCCACAUGUCAUGACAAGCCUGGGACAACUCAAAUAGUGCAGUUAACUCAACAGGCAGACACACACAUAUCUGUUAUUCUACCUACAGUUCAUGAGGUGGAUCUUUUCAGGUGUUUCUGCCCAGUUUUCCUUCAUAGUCAGAUGCUUUGGGAGCUGGUGCUGUUGGGGGAACCCCUUGUGGUCAUGGCACCAUCACCAUCAGAGUCGUCAGAGACUGUACUGGCGCUUGUUAACUGUAUUUCUCCAUUAAAGUACUGCAGUGAUUUCCGGCCUUAUUUCACUAUUCAUGAUAGUGAAUUCAAAGAAUAUACUACCCGAACUCAAGCUCCGCCAUCAGUCAUAUUAGGAGUAACCAAUCCUUUUUUUGCUAAAACACUCCAGCACUGGCCACACAUUAUUCGAAUAGGAGACCUUAAACCUGCAGGUGAAAUUCCUAAGCAGGUUAAAGUGAAAAAAUUGAAGAACCUAAAGACUCUGGAUUCUAAACCUGGAGUUUAUACUUCUUACAAGCCAUAUCUAAAUAGAGAUGAAGAGAUCAUAAGACAACUGCAGAAGGGUGUACAACAGAAACGUCCUUCUGAGGCUCAAAGUGUUAUUCUUCGACGCUAUUUUUUGGAACUGACACAAAGCUUCAUCAUUCCACUAGAAAGGUAUGUGGCAAGUUUGAUGCCUUUGCAAAAAAGUAUUUCUCCAUGGAAGAGUCCACCCCAAUUAAGGCAGUUCCUUCCAGAAGAAUUUAUGAAAACGCUUGAGAAAACUGGACCUCAGUUAACAUCAAGAAUAAAAGGCGAUUGGAUUGGACUUUAUCGGCAUUUUCUUAAGUCUCCAAAUUUUGAUGGCUGGUUCAAGACCCGGCGGAAGGAAAUGACCCAAAAAUUGGAAGCACUUCAUCUAGAAGCUCUUUGUGAAGAGGACUUACUUCUUUGGAUCCAGAAACACACAGAAGUAGAAAUAGUAGACCUUGUAUUGAAGCUGAAAAAUAAGCUGUUGCAGGCUGAUCGGGAGCAUUUACCUGUGAAACCUGACACUAUGGAAAAGUUACGGACACACAUAGAUGCAAUUAUCUUAGCAUUGCCAGAGGACCUGCAAAGCAUAUUGCUCAAAACGGGCAUGACAUGAUAUUUGCCAGGAUUUUCCAGCCAAAAAGGAUUGUGUACCAUGAAGCAUACUGACAUUUCAACAGACGCACAAAGGAACUCUCUCGGCAGCAGAGGAGUGCAAAAUGGCCGUGAACGCUAGCUACAGGGUGGAAAGACUGUAUUGUAUAAACAAACCUUUUUAGUGCAUUAUUUUAAACAUUGGGUAUCUGUGGUGGUUCCACUUUAAUACUGAAACACUAAAAGGAGUUUCUAUAUUUUUAAUCAUGUUCUAAAGUGCUCUUAUGAGAGACCUGUGGGGCCAUUAGUAUUAGUGUAAGUGAUUCCAAACUGCAGUGCUGGCAUUGCAGGUAUUUUUUUAAAAAUUGGUGCUGCUUUGCCCAAUCAUGUUAAAACUCAGGGGGAUAUAAAAAUAACAUUCACACUGGCUGUCUUCUCAACAAGAAAAAAACUGAGCUGUCCAACUCUAAUUAGAAGUGACUGACGCUUAUGUUGUGCCUUUUGUUGUCCUGUAUGUUUCACAAAGUCCGGUUGCUAGUCUUAAAGCUUUUCCUUAGCUUGAUCAUGUUAUAUAAUUUUAUAAGGCACUCUACUGAGUAAUCAUUGCUUACAGAUGUUUCUUGCUGUCCAUCAUGUUAAUUUGUAGGCAUUGUAGUUUUUUUUUUUUUUUCAGUUGUCAUACAGGUUUUCAUUUCACUGUUUCCUUUGAUGUUUUCAAAAUCUUAUCUUACCAGUUUCUCCAAAGGCAAGAAGUCACCCAGUAUUAAUUAUGGAAGAGUUUGUUUUCUCUUAUCAUUCAUUAAUUCAUUAGUUGAACCUGUUUAGAUUAAUUAGUUUGAGUGCUUUUCGAAGAUCAUUCUAAUUGUAACCUCAUAGUCAGCUGUUUUUAAAACUGAACUCUUCUGAAUUCAAAGGCAUUCAUAAGCUUUUUGUAGAGUAACUGUAAGAUUGAUUUCCAGCAUUAUUUGUGGGUUUUGGGCACCAAACCUGGUGCUCAUUCCAGGCCUCACCACUGAACAACUUCCAGCAUUGUUUGUUUGGUAAUGUUUUUUUUCUUUUAAAUUGAUGUUUCUCAGAACACUUUCCCUAUUGUUGUUUGACAUGGGAAUUUUGCCUGAAUCACUGUUAUAGGUAGUUUUAUUGUUGAUAUUGUUGUUUUUGUUUAUUUCUGUUUUGUUUAUACUGCCUUGCCAAAAAACAGAAGAAUGUGAUUUGGUGUAAAGUUGUGUGGUUUGUGUUUGAAAAAAAGUGUCCCACAGAAGCCACUAUUUAGUGUAGGCACACAUGACGUAACACAUAUCUGAAUAGCUAUGUCUUGGAUUAUUCUCCAAAUAGCCAAAUUGAGUUGUGUGUAGUUAUAAAAGAAAUGGCUUCAGAAGCUUUCUCUUAUUAUCUGUUGAUGUAACUCUCAAGGGCAUUCUGGACCCAAGACAGGCUCCUUGUGUUGGUAACUGUGGUCUCAUACCUAAUUGUGCCCUUUUCUCAUGGAUACAGCUCUUGAAGCAUACCUCAAAGUUGUAGAGAGAAUAUGGAGUCAUUUGCCUUGGAUCAUAUGAGUUAUUUUAUGAAACAACAGUUGGCCUUCCAGAAAAGGGCCAGCUGCUUUUAUAUGCUAAAGUAUUUCAUAACUUUCUGGGAAACUUUAUUUAGGUAUAAAUGGUCAUCUUAUUAUUUUUCAAAAAUGUGUAUUUUAAUAAUCUUAAAUUUAUAUACUGUUUGUGACCAGAAUUUAAAAGUUGUUAAUAUCACAUCAAGUAUCUUUUAAUUAUGCCACUGCAGGAUGUAUCAUUUCAAGUUUAUUUUGCACAGCUAUAUUGUAGCAAAAGAUGCCUAUUAGCAUGAUAAUGGUGUCUUCCCAUUUACUGUAUUUAAUUAACCUAACAUGUGUUGAAAACCGUAUUAUACUUAGCCAGUAUAUCUCUUAAUUUCAAAUUAUGUACAUGUAAGAAUAGCUUAAAAUUGCAUUGGGAACCUGAGAAGACUGUCUGAGAACUUAAUUUUUUUAUGUGAUUUUCAGAGUUGUAUUUUUUUUUUAGAAGACUUUGUUAAUAUCUAAACCCUGCCAUGUAAUGUUUUCUCUCCACCAGCAUCGGAAGGAAUCACUGCUUUAAGGGUAUUCUGUAAUGCCUAGUGCCUUCUCUUUAUGGUGAAAAACAGGAUUUGUGAAGGCAUAUAUGGUCAUUACUGAAACUGAAUUAAAGGCCUUGGAAUUUAA